AUGACAACGAAACCCUCGAGCGCCCCGUGGGCAGACGAGCCCUUCCACCUAAUCACAACACCGUCAAAGACCCUAGAUGGAUCGCUCGGUCACGUUCAUGGUGCCUCUGAGAUGGCACAUGCACAUAAUGCCAUUAUACGAGGGCUGAAUGCCAUUCUCCAGCAGGCGCCGUACGUGCCCAUUGCUACUGACGAACAGUUUAACACUCAGGAUGUCAAGGACCUUCUCUUCUACGUUCAGUCGUGGGCCAAGAUGGUGCAUCACCAUCACUGGGUUGAGGAGACUUUCAUGUUUCCAGAGAUUGAGAAGUUUAUCGAUAAACCGGGGUUUAUGGAUGACCCAAAGCAUCAACACGAGCUGUUCCAUGACGGACUAGAGAAACUGAUUGCGUAUUCCUCGGCCACGAAGCCCGAGGAGUACCGUUGGAAAGGAGCCGAUGGCAUGGAGAAAAUAAUUGACUCUUUCAGCAAGGCCCUGACGGAUCACCUCUACGCUGAGAUCGAUAUCUUCUUGGGCAUGGGAGACAUCGAUAGCGACGGGUUGAAGAAUAUAUGGAAAGAGGUUGGGAAAAUUGCACAGAAAACGGGGAAUAUCGCAAUGCUUUAUGAUAUCUUCCCCACGUUACUUGGCUGUGCCGACAAGACCUACGAAGGCGGCACUGACUUUCCUCCCUUGCCGUGGAUGUUGCCCUACGUGGUCAAGUACUGGUUUGCCGCGUAUAAUGGAGCCUGGCGAUUUAACCCAUGCGACUGGUGGGGUCAGCCAAAGCCCCUGGAGUUUGGUCCAAGUUGA